AUGCGUUUUUCAGUUAUUGCCGAUCAUUGUCCGGUUGGAAAUUGGAUAAAAGUCAAUGGAAUGUGCUAUUUAUUUAGCACACAGAAGCUGAAAUGGAAAGAGGCAAUAGAUGAAUGUCAACAAUACGGACAGUCUGUUACAUCAUUACAGUUCUAUUCCAAACAAGAUAAGGAUUCUUUUCUUCAAGCCACAAAAGUAAUGAGAAUAGAACGCUGGUGGACAACCCUCAACGAACUGAAAUCUCCUGGAACAUAUUUAUGGGGGACAUCAGAUUCGGCAUUAAGACCAGGCGAUGGUAUACUAAUAUGGAAUUUUGAACCAGAUGAUACCAAACAUUUAGAAAAUUGCGGUGCUAUAAGUAUCCAAGCUACAAUCAGUGAUGAGGAUUGCAAGGAAAGGCAUGGCUAUAUUUGUGAAUAUAUCCUUACUGGUAAAACUUGUUUAGAUGGCUGGAAAUUGUUUAACAGUUCCUGUUACUUUAUAAGUGAUAUAACAGACCCAUUCAAUAAUAUACUAUGGUCAGAUGCGAAACUUAAAUGUAACAGUUUGGCGCCAAACGCUCAUUUACUCCAACUAGAAACAAAUACAGAACAGGCUUUCUUAGUAAACCAGUUACCUUAUAUUAAAACGUCAUCCGGUCUAUGGUGGAUAGGAAUGACGGACCAAAUAGCUGAGAGUCGAUGGUUGUGGGUCGACGGUAGUCUUGUUAAACAACAAUCCAUACAAUGGGAGAAAGAGCCUGACAAUUUAGGAGGCAAAGAACAUUGUGCAAUGAUGUAUAACAGCGGUGUCUUCUCAGACAAAUCAUGUGACUCAUUAGCGUACUACGUAUGCCAGACAUCUCAAUUAGGUGACAGUGGAUUAUUGAAUAAAGUUGGUUGUCCGCCAAACUGGAUACGAGGUGGUCAUAAAUGUUACCUCUUUCAAACUGCUGAUUUAAAAUCUUGGAGCGGUGCUUCAACAACGUGUAGACCUGGCGGUGGUCGACUUCUGCAAAUCGAAAGUAAAGAUGAAAAGAACUGGAUAGAGCUACAAACUAGAUAUUACAAGGCGUAUCCAUUCUGGUCUGGUCUAACCUUUCAUGUAAAUGAUAACAACUGGUUUUGGUCCACUGGUAUACAGGCAGAUAUGAAUCUCAUAAAAUGGAACUCAGAACCAAAUAAUUACGCCGGAAACGAAGACUGUGGAGAAAUAUUUCAAGACGGUGGAUUUAAUGACAUGAGCUGUUUAUCAAAGGCAAAAUACAUAUGUGAAGUUCAUUUAGAAAAUGCAGACUGUCCAUCUGGGUGGUUUAAGAUAUUCAGUGAUGAUUUUAACAGCUGUUACUUUAUCAGCAAUAGCACUGAUUUGGCUACAUGGGACGAAGCCAUAGACAAGUGUAAAGAACGUGCACAACCGAAUGAUGGCGCUUUAGUUGCUUUCGAUUCUCAGGAUGAAUUGACCAAGGUCAUUCAGUUUUUAAACCAAGUUGAUCCAAAUCCAUUUGGUUGGUGGACUGGAUUGAAUGAUAGAAAAAAGGACGGGAAUUGGGUGUAUUACACUUCUUUUGAUAACCCAUCUGUUGGUUCAAACGUAAAAAUAAAUUGGAAUUCAGAACCCAGUAACCCAGCAACAGACAGUUGUGCUAUUAUUUAUUAUGGAGGACGAUACAAUGAUGUAAAGUGUAACAGCAAUGUUUCUUAUAUUUGUGAGAGAGAUGCUCAUCAGCAAAGCUCAUAUAAUCCUCAAACAUCGCAUGGGUUUCAAAACCUGCCAUUUUAUCUCAACACUGCAAUGAUGGUGAUCAUAUGUUGGUUAUAUUAAAGAUCUGUAGCAGUCAUAAUCUGACAAUAGAACCUUUAAUGUGCAUUUAAUGCAUUUUAUUAAUCUGGCUUAUUUUGUAAAAUUUCAAUGUUAUAUAAAAAAUGCU